CCGGUUGUGUGGGCAAGUGUCUCUCUGUCUGCGCGCCUGCAAACUGCUCGCCGAGCCAUGAGCGCCUCGCUAAAGCCAGCCCCGCUGUUCAGCUCGCUCCUAAAGCGGCGAGGUCCCGGGAGCGCAGCCGUCCAGCAGCAGCUGCUGCCCACCUCGUCGGUGUGCGCCCUGGAGCCCAAGGCCGAGAUGCCCGCCUGCCCCAUGCGGACCCCCCAUUCGCUUUCCGCGCUGCCUGGCCCCACCAAGUGGCCGCUGAUGGGCAGCCUCUUGGACGUCCUCUGGAAAGGGGGGCUCAAGAAACAGCACGAGACGCUGGCGGAUUACCACCGCAAGUUUGGCAAGAUCUUCCGCAUGAAACUAGGCGCUUUUGACUCGGUACACAUUGGGGCACCCUGUUUGCUUGAGGCUCUCUACAGGAAAGAGAGCGCCUACCCACAGCGCCUUGAGAUCAAGCCCUGGAAAGCCUACCGGGAUUACCGUAAAGAAGGCUACGGGCUACUUAUCCUAGAAGGGAAGGAUUGGCAGAGAGUAAGAAGUGCAUUUCAGCAAAAAUUAAUGAAGCCCACGGAAAUUGUGAAGCUGGAUUCCAAAAUCAAUGAGGUCCUUGCAGAUUUCAUGCAUCAAAUAGACAUACUUUGUAAUGAGGAUGGAGAAAUAAAAGAUUUAUAUUCUGAACUGAAUAAGUGGUCAUUUGAGAGCAUUUGUCUGAUGCUCUAUGGAAAGAGGUUUGGACUUCUACAGCAAGAUGUGGGAGAUGAAGGCUUGAACUUCAUCAAGGCUGUCAAAACGAUGAUGGGUACUUUUGGGAAGAUGAUGGUAAUCCCAGUUGAGCUCCAUAAACGUCUGAAUACUAAAGUUUGGCAAGAUCAUACCAAAGCAUGGGACAAUAUAUUUAAGACAGUAAAAUCCGCCAUUGACAGCAGACUGAAGAAACACAGUGCCAAUCCCAAGGAAGAUUUCCUUUGUGACAUUUAUUUCGGGAGUCAGCUUUCCAAGAAGGAACUGUAUGCAGCUGUCACAGAAAUGCAAAUCGCCGGUGUUGAAACGACUGCCAACAGUUUGCUUUGGGCACUCUACAACAUCUCGUGCAAUCCAGAUGUCCAGGCAAAGCUUUUUGAGGAAAUACAGAGUGUGGUUCCAGCUGGAGAGGACCCAAAUGGUGACCAUCUGAAGAAGAUGCCCUACUUAAAGGCCUGUCUGAAAGAAUCUAUGAGGAUAACCCCUUCUGUGCCAUUUACCACUCGGACCCUCGACAAGGAGACAGUCCUUGGAGAUUAUUCCCUUCCAAAAGGGACAGUGUUGAUGAUCAACAGCCGUGCUCUGGGAUGCAACGAGGAAUACUUCAGUGAGUGGAGUCGGUUUAAGCCAGAGCGUUGGCUCCAAAAGAACAUAAAUCCCUUUGCUCAUGUUCCUUUUGGCAUUGGAAAGAGGAUGUGCAUCGGGCGCCGCCUGGCAGAGCUGCAGCUUCAAUUAGCUCUGUGUUGGCUUGUACGGAAGUAUCAGAUUGUAGCCACAGAUGACAAGCCAGUCAAAACCCUGCACUUGGGAACCCUCAUCCCAAACCGAGAACUUCCCAUUGCAUUCAGAAGGCGAUAAGAUACAUUUGGAAGAAACAGUGGACAGCUGCUUUUUCUGCAUGCAACACCCUUGAAUGGCUGGGUCUCUGCUCCUCCGCACCCGAUGUCUAGGCGUGUUUUGAGAAAAGCGUGCUCCUAACAAGGAGAGGACAA